AUGGUACAAACAUUAUUACAACAGGGACAAAAGGUGGCGGCAACAUCAAGAUGUAGAAAGACUUUAAAUGAUAUAUUCGGACCAGACAGUGAUAAAUUCUUGGCAUUGGAGGUGUCCCUCACAGAUGAUCUUAGUAUCCAGCGAUCGGUUCUAGAAGCCACCAUCAAGUUUGGUACAUUGGACGUCGUGAUCAACAAUGCCGGUUACGCUUUGGCCGGAGUCGUCGAGGAGUUGGCCAUGGAUGAGAUCAGGAAACAGUUUGAAGUCAAUUAUUUUGCACCACCAGUGAAACCAUUUGGUAUUAAGGUGCUGUCGAUCAAUCCAGGCUCGUUCAAGACCGAUGUAUACUCACCAUCCAAGCACAUCAAGACACCAUGCACUCUGCCCGACUAUGAGAGUAUGCAUCAUGAGAUGGACCCUGUCCAGAUCGAUGCCAUGCAGAGGGGUGAUCCAAUGAAGUUGGCUAAGAUACUGUUCCAGUUGGUAGUGUCAUUGGAGACGCUUCCAGUACACAUGUACAUAGGAGAGGAUUCGAAUAAGAUGGCAAAGACCAAAGCAGAGACAUGGCUGAAGGAAUUGGAAACUUGGAGAUCAAUCACAUCAUCGACGAAUCUCGAUAAGUUCAUCCAAGAUGAGGUGCACCAAACAAGUCCAGCUACGCAAUAA